AUGAAUGCUAUUUACAGCAGAAAAAUAUCUGAUAGCAAAUUCUUUGCUACGCCACCUGCUACGCCACCUGCUACGCCACCUGCUACGCCACCUGCUACGCCACCUGCUACGCCACCUGCUACGCCACCUGCUACGCCACCUGCUACGCCACCUGCUACGCCACCUGCUACGCCACCUGCUACGCCACCUGCUACGCCACCUGCUACGCCACCUGCUACGCCACCUGCUACGCCACCUGCUACGCCACCUGCUACGCCACCUGCUACGCCACCUGCUACGCCACCUGCUACGCCACCUGCUACGCCACCUGCUGCGCCACCUGCUACGCCACCUGCUACGCCACCUGCUACGCUACCUGCUACGCCACCUGCUACGCCACCUGCUACGCCACCUGCUACGCCACCUGCUACGCCACCUACUACGCCACCUGCUAUGCCUCCUGCUACGCCACCUGCUACGCCACCUGCUCCGCGACGACAACAAGAUUGUGCAGUUUUAAUUGAUGCACCGAUUCACCUGAUUUUUAGAUGGGCCAAUUAG